GCUGGCGCAUAGCUGGUAGAGGUGGGAGAAGGUGGCGGUGGCGACGAACCCCGCUCCGGCUGAGCAGGCGUGGGGCGGCAGGGGCAUCCUGGGCUCAGGCUGGUGGCGAUCAUGUGUUAAUUAAUGUACGGGACACAUCUUUCUACCUUCGCAUUCCAGCCUCCUAUAUUGCAAAUUGCGAUGCCAUUAAAACAUGGAUAUUCACCCAACAUUUGGAAAUUGGGAUUGAACAACUCGAUGUGGUAUUGUUCUCACCUUGAGCUCCUGUGAUGUGUGCGGUUGUCCACCUGGACGAACUCGAACUCGCCUUUCUUCUGCCUCGCAAAUCAAAUCAAAACGGGCUAGCACCUGUAAGUAAAUUUGUGUUUGUCAAAUUGAGAGGGCCCGGUUCCAAUUCAAACACCUAUUACUAUAUGGAUAAUAGGACCCACUGUCCGUAAAGAUGACUUUUUUCGCCAUCCUCUUUCCGCGCUUCUUCCUUCCUCUUUCCCUCAGCUGUCUGUCAGCAGCACCAUCGGUCUCCUCUACGACAAAAACAGAUCUUCUAUCACCAGCAAUCAGCAACACCAUCCGCUAUUCCUGCAUUCCCUGCCCGACGGAGCUGCUUCCCUCCUUGCUGUGCUGUUCUGGGCUGUGCUUGUUCUAGAGUCUACUCCACCACUGCGGCGACCUCGCGCUCGUUGUCGAUUCCAGCUCCAUGCGCCCUUGAUUUAUUUUACUUGUGUUUUCUCCAGUCCGUAGCGUCUUUAUCAGUUGCUUGCCUUCUGCAGAGGAAAAAAGAAAAAAAAAGAGUCAGCUUUGUUACUGCAUCUUCAGCUUGUUCAUUUCGCUCUAGUCUGGAAAUAUUCAUCCAAGAUCUCUCCAUCUUCUCCACUCACAAAGUAAGAGGAAGCACAAACCACUGCAAUUUCAUGGCAGACUUUGCUCUCACUGGCUUAAGGUGGACAGCAGCUCCGAUUGUCAAAGAGCUUCUUACUAAAGCUUCAGCUUACCUCAGUGUGGACAUGGUGCGCGAGAUCCAACAACUGGAAGCCACUGUCCUGCCACAGUUCGAGCUGAUAAUUCAAGCGGCCCAGAAGAGCCCCCACAGGGGCAUGCUGGAGGCAUGGCUCCGGCGUCUCAAAGAAGCCUAUUAUGAUGCCGAGGAUCUGCUGGACGAGCAUGAGUACUAUGUCCUUAAGGCCAAGGCCAAGAGCUCCUCCCCUGCAAGUACUGUUAUGAAGCCCUUUCAUAAUGCUAUGAGCAGGGCACGCAACUUUCUCCCUCAGAAGAGAAGGCUAAUUAGCAAGAUGAGCGAGCUUAAAGCUAUCCUGACAGAAGCCCAGCAGCUUCGAGAUCUUCUUAGUUUGCCACAUGGCAAUACCGUCGAGUGGCCAACUGUAGCAGCUACCGUUGUUCCCACAACAACAUCAUAUCCCACUUCAAAGGUUUUCGGCCGUGAUCGAGAUCGUGACCGUAUAGUUGAUUUCCUUCUCGGCAAGACAACAACUGCUGAGGCAAGCUCAGCCAAGUACUCGGGUUUGGCCAUUGUUGGAAUUGGAGGAAUGGGGAAGUCCACCAUAGCACAGUAUGUCUAUAAUGACGAGAGGAUUGAAAAAUGCUUUGAUGUCAGGAUGUGGAUCUGCAUCUCACGCAAACUUGAUGUGCAUCGUCACACAAGAGAGAUCAUCGAGUCCGCAAAAAAUGGGGAGUGCCCACGUGUUGAUAAUCUCAAUACUCUCCAGCGCAAAUUAAGUGACAUACUACAACAGUCACAGAAAUUCCUGCUUGUCUUGGAUGAUGUUUGGUUUGAAAAAUCUGAUAGUGAGACUGAGUGGGCGGAAUUCCUUGCUCCAUUAGUCUCUAAACAGUCAGGGAGCAAAGUUUUGGUGACUUCUCGAUGUGAAACACUUCCGGCUGCUGUUUGCUGUGAACAAGUCGUUCAUUUGGAAAACAUGGAUGAUACUGAGUUUUUGAAUCUCUUUAAACACCAUGCUUUCUCUGGAGCAGAAAUCAAGGACCAACUGUUACGCACGAAGCUGGAACACACUGCAGAGGAGAUUGCUAAAAGGCUUGGACAAUGUCCUUUAGCAGCAAAAGUUAUGGGUUCCCGAUUGUGCAGGAAAAAGGAUAUUGCUGAAUGGAAAGCUGCUCUAAAGCUUGGAGAUUUGAGUCAUCCCUUCACAUCUCUGUUGUGGAGUUAUGAGAAGUUAGAUCCACGUUUGCAGAGAUGCUUCUUGUAUUGCAGUUUGUUUCCAAAAGGUCAUAGAUAUCAAUCUGAUGAAUUGGUUCACCUCUGGGUGGCAGAAGGAUUUGUUGGUUCAUGCAAUUGGAGUAGGAGAACAUUGGAAGAGAUUGGGAUGGAUUACUUCAAUGAUAUGGUCUCUGGGUCUUUCUUCCAAUUGGUUUCUAAAGGAUGUUAUUCGUACUAUACCAUGCACGACAUCCUUCAUGAUUUGGCAGAGUCACUCUCUAGAGAAGACUGCUUCAGAUUAGAAGAUGAUAAUGUGACAGAAAUACCAUGCACUGUUCGACAUCUAUCUGUUCGUGUUGAAAGUAUGCAAAAGCAUAAGCAAAUUAUCUACAAGCUACAUCAUUUACGCACUGUUAUCUGCAUUGAUCGACUAAUGGAUAAUGCAAGUAUUAUUUUUUAUCAGAUGCUAUGGAACAUGAAGAAGUUGCGUGUAUUGUCUUUGUCAUUUGCCAACAGCAGGAAGUUGCCAGAAUCUAUUGGUGAGCUGAAGCACCUUCGGUAUUUGGACCUCGCCAGAACAUCAGUUUCUGAAUUGCCUAGAUCAUUAUGUACUCUCUACCACUUACAAUUACUUUCGUUAAACUACAUGGCGGAGAGGUUGCCUGACAAACUUUGCAAUUUAAGUAAGCUACGACAUCUAAGAGUGAACAACAAUCAAAUUCCCAACAUUGGCAAGCUUACUUCAUUACAACGAAUAGAGAUAUUUUCCGUGCAAAAGAAGCAAGGAUAUGAGUUGCAACAACUGAAGUACUUGAAUGAGCUUGGUGGCAGUUUAAGCGUACAAAAUCUUGAGAAUGUCAUCGGAAAGGAUGAAGCCUUAGAGUCGAAGCUAUAUCUGAAAAGUCGCCUUAAAGAGUUGACACUUGUGUGGAGUUCUGAUAAUGGCAUGGAUGCAAUGGAUAUUCUGCAUUUGGAUAUUCUAGAAGGUCUGAGACCGCCACCCCAAUUGAGUAAACUCACAAUCGAAGGCUACAAAUCUAGCACAUAUCCUGGGUGGUUACUUGAGCGAUCCUAUUUUGAGAAUUUAGAAAGUUUUGAGCUCAAUAAUUGCAGUUUGCUAGCAGUCCUACCACCAGAUACAGAGCUCCUUCGGCAUUGCUCUAGGCUGCAUAUAAAAAAUGUUCCAAAAUUGAAGGAACUACCGUAUCUUCCAGCAGGCCUUACAGAGUUGUCAAUUUGUAGGUGUCCAUUACUUAUGUUUAUCACCAACAAGGAGCUAGGACAACAUGACUUGAGGGAAAAUAUAAUGAAGGCAGACGACCUGUCGUCUAAACUUGCAUCGAUGUGGGAGGUGGAUUCAAGAUCACAUGUUACGAGCGUACUGUCGGAAGACUAUUCAUUUCUGAAGCAGUUGAUGACAUUGAUGAUGGAUGAUGAUAUAUCAAAGCAUCUUCAAAUUAUUGAAAGUGGUCUAGAGGAAGGAGGAGAUGAAGUAUGGAUGAAAGAAAACAUCAUCAAGGCAUGGCUCUUUUGCCAUGAGCAGAGGAUAAGAUUCAUUUAUGGAAGGACCAUGGAGAUGUCACUGGUUCUACCGUCAGGACUCUAUAAACUUUCUCUUUCUUCAUGCAUUAUUACAGAUGAAGCUUUAGCUAUUUGCCUCAGUGGCCUCACUUCACUGAGAACUUUGGAAUUGAAAUAUAAUAUGACAUUAACUACACUUCCGUCAGAAGAGGCGUUUCAACAAAUGACAAAGCUGAAGUGCUUCGCUAUAAGUGGUUGUUGGUGUCUCAAAUCACUGGGGGGAUUACAUGCUGCUCCAUCUCUUUCGGCUCUUGAUUGUUGGGAUUGUCCUUCUUUAGAGCUAGCACGUGGAGCCGAACUAAUGCCAUUGAACCUUGCUAGCUACCUUGACAUCCAGGGCUGCAUUCUUGCAGCCGAUUCAUUCACUAAUUAUGUGCCAGACCUGAAACAACUUACCAUUAUUAACUGCAGAUGCUCCCCAUCCUUAUCGAUUGGCCACCUGACCUCCCUUGAAUCAUUACAACUAAUUGGUCUCCCUGAUCUUUACUUUGUUGAAGGCUUGUCUUCCCUGCACCUUAAGCGCCUAAAGUUAGGAGAUGUUGCAAACCUUACUGCCAAGUGCUUCUCACAGUUUCGUGUCAUGGAAUCGCUCACCGUUAGUAGCUCCGUAUUGCUCAACCAGAUGCUCAUGGCUGAAGGGUUUAUGGUCCCACCAAAUCUUGAAUUCUUAUAUUGCAAGGAGCCGUCGAUUUUAUUUGAAGAGCCUGCAAAUCUCUCAUCUGUCAAGUGCCUGAAUUUUUCGUUAUGUGAAACCGAGUCCCUGCCAAGAAAUCUAAAAUCUCUAUCAAGUCUGGAGAGUCUCGAGAUAGGGUUUUGCCCCAACAUAGCAUCUUUACCAGAUCUGCCGUCCUCCCUCGAGCGCAUAACUAUAUGGGAGUGCCCUGUCUUGAAGAAGAACUGCCAAGAACCUGAUGGAGAAAGCUGGCCAAAGAUUUCACGCAUCCGUCGGAAGGACAUAGGCUUCCAAUAUUUUAUUUAGGAAACAUUUCAUGUUGUAAACAGGCACCUCGAGCUCAAGGUCACCCCGUCACCACUCGCCGCCCUCAUCUUCUACAGAGUCGGCACCGAACUAGGUACUUAGCACCCAGGCCAGCUACCUGCGUCCAUAAUAGGCUCUGCAUUUAUGGGGGCCCUACAUUGUUUAUGCCGCCCACUUCUGCUGCAGAAACAGUCUGAAUAUGGGCUUUUCCAACCAGCCAAUCCAGAGAACAGGGCUAGCCCAAGACAGCUGUAUGGGCUGAGCAGAAUUCUGCCGAGUUUAUCACCAAGAAUGAUCAAUCCCUUGUCGCUGAAUGAAUCAAGUUCAUUUUUCCGAGAAUUAAUUUUGGUAUCCAAAUCUAAGUUCAUGGAAUUCAUACCAGUGAUAUAUUGUAAAGGUAGCACCCUCACUGUCGACGGUGGCCUUGUACUGCAUUGAAUUUGGGUGUUUAUGCCACAUUUUCAUAGUUGUGACAAUAGUGUAGAACAGGUUGGUAGCAGGCCUUAAAAACUGAUUAGCAUAAUCAAAUGAAUAUGGUUAUAGAUGGGGUUUGACCUGAGCUCAAAAAUAUAUUGUUGACCCUAAUUAGGGUUUCUACUGCGUCAUUAGUUUUACUCCUCUUGCAAGACUACGUUCUGUAAACAUUCCAUAUUAUAGUGAAGGUUUCGCUUGGUUGGUGCCUA